AUGAAGUUGACAUGCUUCUCGUGGCUGGAUUGCCAGCACACUAUUACCCACGACGAAUCAGGCACGCGUAUGGGCAUAGCUGAGAUCAUGAACCCAAGCAACCAACCCAUCGACCAGAAGAUGGCCACCUUCCCAUGUCCUGCUUGUACCGAUCCUGACGCAAACCAAGAUGGCGUUGGCAUCAGACCACGCGUCCAGGAAGCCUCUACUGCUCUGACAGCCCCUGGUCUGACAGUCCCUGCUGUGAUGCAGAACAACACACUCAACCCCAACGUCAGCGAGUUCCGCCCCAGCACUCGUCAGCGCGAUGACUCCGUCAACAACUCCUUCCGUGCCACAGGUCGCGAUUCCUCCAUGACCGGCACUGGAGCCCCCACGCGCUACAUUUCCCAAAACAUGGGUGGUACUGUUUACUUCCUCCGUGCAAUCGACAGCGACCACGAGGACCCUCAGCAAGAGCUGAUGCAGCAAUCCUUCCCCUCGACUGCCAACCAAGUGCCCAUGCAGCAAUCAUUCCCCUCGUAUGCCAACCAUGAGCUGAUGCAGCACCCCUUCCCCUCGUCUGCUAUCACCAACUACGACCGUCGUAACAUGCACUUGACUCAGCCCAUGGUCACUACUGCCAGAGGCGCCCACAAGUCCGGCAACCCUUGCCCCGACGGAUGCGGAUGGUGCCACUGGCACUACGCCAGAUGGUGCCAUGAAGACCCCGCCACCUGCUAUCAAGCCCAGCAAGCAAUCACUGCAGCUUUCUAUGCACACUCAGAGUGGAAGUACGCCCCUAUGGGAUGGAACGCUGCCCACGAGUCGUGCACAGUCAAGGAGAUGGGCACGUCAAACCAAGCUACAAGCAAAAACUUCAAGCCACCAACCACAGCAGAGAGGAACAUCAGAAGAUCUCGCAGACGAUGCAUGAGGAUGAAACAGAACAUGAAGGAUACGGAGGACGAGCAAAGAGAGAAACGCGCAGAGAUGUCAACGCAAGAGGACAUCAGAGACAGUAUCAAAAGCCAUAGAAGGCACGUAAUGGAGGAGGAAGAAGAAGAAGCAGAAGUUGCAGUAUCGACAGAAACAGAGCGUAAUCACAGAAGAGAGGAGCGAGAGAGUUAUGGAACCAGUUCAUUCUACCACUUGCCUCCUGAUCAUUUGACCGUACUCCAACUGCAACUCAGGGGCCCGAAUGGAACCCCUCCUUCUGUGAUGAUCGCCCUAUCCAUCCUCCCUAUACGCUGCGCCACUCAUGCUAUACCGCAUACAGUAUGUCGCCAUCCACCGUCACCACGGGAGACGCCUCUUGAGACCACUCGAUCGAGACCCGAAACUCAUACUUCCGUCGCUUGUCUCCAUACCCAGUUUCACACUGCAGCCGCAGCACAAGCUUCUUCCAGAGUGCCUUCUCUAGCUCUUCGUUGA